AUGAUAAACACAAUAUUUUGUAGUGAGAGACCUAACAUUGUAUUCAUAAUCGCUGAUGAUCUAGGUUGGGGAGACGUCAGCUUUCACGGCUCACAACAGGCCCAAACGCCUAACAUUGAUCUAUUAGCCAGCACCGGGAUCAUUUUGAACAAUUACUACACAUCACCGCUAUGUUCGCCCUCUAGGAGUGCCAUCUUAACCGGCUAUCAUCCCAUACACACUGGCACUCAACACGAUGUUUUCCAGGGUGCACAACCAUUCGGGACACCACUACAAUACAAACUAUUACCACAAUAUCUCAAAGAGUUAGGCUACGAGACACACGCUGUGGGCAAAUGGCAUCAGGGUUUUCAUCGUCGGGAAUACCUCCCGACCCGCCGCGGGUUUGAUUCACAUUUCGGGUACUGGACGGGUCAGUCAGACUACUACGACCGGACUUCGGCUGAAAACUGGUGGGCACUGGACUUCCGUAACGGAGAACUCCCCGCAAACACUACUGAAUAUGAGGGCCGGUAUGCGACCGACAUAUAUACGGAAAGGGCGGUCGACAUAAUCCGGGAAAGGGCUAACUCCUCGUCGAAACCCCUGUUCCUGUAUUUAUCGCACCAAUCGGUUCACUCCGCUAGUCGUCGUCAACCACUUCAAGCCCCUCAAGAUCUGAUUGAUAGGCACCGGGAUGUCCAGGAUCUCGAUAGGCGCACGUUUGUGGGUAUGGUAUCAGCUCUGGACGAUUCCGUGGGCGAAGUCAUGGCAGCCCUUAAAAUGGCCGAUAUUUUGAAUAAUACAAUCAUUGUGUUUACCACUGAUAAUGGAGGGUCGACAAGGGGUACUGCGCCAGGGUCCAGUAUUGAUUAUAGCGUUGGAUCUAACUGGCCCUUAAGAGGCUCAAAGUGUACCCUGUUUGAGGGUGGGAUACGGGGCGUCGGUUUAAUAUGGAGUCCCCUAUUGAACAGCACAUACAUAAGCGAACACUUAAUGCAUUUAACCGAUUGGUUGCCCACACUGUACCGGGCAGUGGGCGGUCAACCCAAGGCUUUGGGGCCCAUCGAUGGUAUAGAUAUGUGGGAUAUAUUAAUAAAUAAUCUGGAUAACCCUCGCAAGCACUUACUACAUAACAUAGACCCAAUUAUGGGGGUGUGGGCGCUUAGGUACGGAUACUACAAACUAAUAUCGGGAACGGUAUAUAAAGGUAACUUUGACGGCUGGUAUUUACCGCCCGGGGAGUCAAAC